GGCGGAGUGUGUCUGUGAGUGCGGACGGGGCCAGUCGCAGUGUCUGGAGCUGGCUGGUAACGGCCGUUUAGCGCCUUCCCUGCCUGUGCGCGCGCUCACUCCGGUCUGAGUCGCCUCCCGUGCCGAUCUCUCUCGCCGCAGCGGACAUCUCCGCCGCCGCCACCGCACUGGGCUGGGUCUGCGCCUCCGAACCGACUUCGUCCACAGCCUGGAAACUCUCAAUAUGAACGUUGUCGUCUGCGCUGAGAGACACCAGAUUAUGAUGCAUGAUUAUCACAGAAGAAAUUCAUGUCUAUAGCUCUUAAGGACUUGAUUACAUCAUUUUCAAGCCUGCUAGUUUUGGAAUCAUCAUUGCAGCUCACAGGACAUGACCCGUCUGCCUGCACUUCAGCAAAUUGUCUUCAUAUAAGAAGAUAUUGAAAGUGACGUGCUCUGAUUUAACACGCCAUUACCGUUGGAUUAUUUAAGGUUUCCCAGUUAUAAAUUUACAGCAAUAUAUUUAGCAGCCAAACCAACAGCAAAAUGAUUCCUAAUGGAUAUUUGAUGUUUGAAGAUGAAAACUUCAUAGAGUCAUCUGUUGCCAAGUUAAAUGCCUUACGUAAAAGUGGUCAGUUCUGUGAUGUUCGGCUUCAGGUAUGUGGACAUGAGACGUUGGCGCAUAGAGCAGUCCUAGCUUGCUGCAGUCCCUACCUGUUUGAAAUCUUCAACAGUGAUAGUGAUUCUCAUGGAGUUUCUCAUGUUAAAUUUGAUGAUCUCAAUCCACAAGCUGUUGAAGUCUUAUUAAAUUAUGCCUACACUGCUCAGUUGAAAGCUGAUAAAGAGCUAGUAAAAGAUGUAUACUCUGCAGCAAAGAAGCUGAAGAUGGAGAGAGUCAAGCAGGUUUGUGGUGAUUAUUUGCUCUCUAAGAUGGACGUUCAGAGCUGCAUCUCUUAUCGGAACUUCGCAAGUUGUAUGGGAGACUCACGUUUGUUGAACAAGAUUGAUGGUUACAUUCAGGAACAUUUGUUGCAGAUUUCAGAACAAGAGGAAUUUCUCAAGCUUCCACGGUUAAAGCUUGAAGUAAUGCUUGAAGACAACGUUGGCUUGCCUAGCAAUGGCAAAUUAUACACAAAGGUAAUCAACUGGGUGCAGCGCAGCAUCUGGGAAAAUGGAGACAGUCUGGAAGAUCUAAUGGAAGAGGUUCAAACGUUGUACUACUCAGCUGAUCACAAGCUGCUUGAUGGAAAUCUACUAGAUGGACAGGCUGAGGUGUAUGGCAGUGAUGAUGACCACAUUCAGUUUGUGCAGAAAAAGCAACCACGUGAGAACGAUCACAAGCAGAUAAGUAGCAGUUCCUCUGGAAGCCUUUCUUCUCCAAAUGCUACUGUACAGAGUCCUAAACAUGAAUGGAAAAUCGUUGCUUCUGAAAAGACUUCAAGUAAUACCUACCUGUGUCUUGCUGUUUUGGAUGGUGUGUUCUGUGUGAUUUUUCUUCAUGGACGUAACAGCCCUCAGAGCUCUCCAACUAGUACUCCACGACUCCUGAAGAGCAGGAGUUUUGAGAUUCAACCAGAUGACCUUAUAGAAAACCCCCUGUCUCCAAUGCAGUAUGCUCGAUCUGGGUUGGGAACAGCAGAACUUAAUGGCAAGCUAAUAGCUGCAGGUGGCUAUAACAGAGAGGAAUGUCUGCGCACAGUAGAGUGCUAUGAUCCACGAAAGGACCGUUGGACUUUCAUUGCACCUAUGAGAACACCAAGAGCCAGAUUCCAGAUGGCAGUUCUAAUGGGACAGCUGUAUGUUGUAGGGGGGUCAAAUGGUCACUCCGAUGACUUGAGUUGUGGGGAAAUGUAUGAUCCAGAAAUAGAUGACUGGACUCCUGUUCCAGAACUGAGAACCAGUCGUUGCAAUGCAGGAGUAUGUGCUUUGAAUGGUAAGCUGUACGUUGUUGGUGGCUCAGAUCCUUAUGGCCGGAAGGGACUGAAAAAUUGUGAUGUGUUUGAUCCUAUAACAAAAUCUUGGACAAGCUGUGCUCCACUUAACACUCGUAGACAUCAGUCUGCAGUAUGUGAGCUAAGUGGAUAUUUGUAUAUAAUUGGAGGAGCAGAAUCCUGGAAUUGUCUGAACAGUGUAGAACGUUACAAUUCAGAGAAUGACACCUGGACUCUAAUUGCACCUAUGAAUGUGGCUAGGCGUGGAGCUGGAGUGGCUGUUCAUGAUGGAAAGCUCUUUGUUGGUGGAGGCUUUGAUGGUUCUCGUGCUGUCAGUUGUGUGGAGAUGUAUGACCCUGCUAAAAAUGAAUGGAAGAUGAUGGGAAACAUGACUACUCCAAGAAGCAAUGCUGGUAUUGCAGCUGUAGCAAACACCAUUUAUGCAGUUGGAGGAUUUGAUGGCAAUGAAUUCCUGAAUACAGUUGAAAUCUACAACCCAGAGUCAAAUGAAUGGAGCCCAUAUACAAAAACUUACAAAUUUUAACCACUUUAAGUGCCCCAGGCAAACUAACAGGCUUAGUGAUGUAAUUGUGUUUUAGUAGAGGUAUGUGUGAGGGUUGGGAGGGUAUAGAAGUUGCCAACAGCAACACAAAGCUUUUGCAUAUUGCAUACUAUUAAUGUGCUGUAUAUACUUUUUUUUUUUUUUUGGAAAGAUGAAGGGUGUUUUGUGUAUUUUUGGAUUUUGUUACUUAAAUUUUGGAAAUUGAUAAUAUUGCAAGAGAAACUAAGAACUGAUUGGGCAUAUCAUUUCAAGAGCUUCCCCCCCAAUGUUUGUUUUGCCAAUUUGCACAUUUUUUUUUUCCCCCUUAGAAUGUGUGUUUGGGGCAGGAAGAAUAGGGUUUUUGGUUAUAGGCAGUUGGUUUUUCAGGCUCCCCUCCCUCUCCCGCACCCCAGUAACUGGAACAGUCUGUAACAAGAAGCCUUAUUUAACACAUACAAUGCUUUUUUUUAAUUAAAGUUGACAUGCCUGCCAAUACGUAACCUUUUAUGAUUGCCUUUUUAUAACUUUUUAUAUACACUCAGCAGAAUAUUACCUGUUGAAGUGAAAGUGGCAGAUAGUAGUUAUUGAGGCAGAGACAGUCUUGGUGUUCAUAGAGAUGGAGUGGGAUAUUUAAUUUACCACUGUACAUGAGCAUCUAACCUUUUUGCCUCUGCUACACUAUUGUACUUUAGUAUCAUUAAAUUUGAAUGGAGUUUCUGAACAUAACUGAUUUUUUUUUUAAACCAUUUUAGCUCCAAAUAUUUUGACACCUGUCGAAGGUGCUUUCUGUACAGCAGUUUUGUUACCAAGGUUGAGCUAAUUUGUAAAACCUGAAGUGUUCAUGUUUAGAAUAUUACCAAUGGGUGAUGAAAACAUUUCUUAAAAUGGUAUUUAUUUUUCUAAUAGUGCAAGCUGACAAAUGUGCUAGAAUAAGACUUGUACUUAAUUUGUUCCAUAAGUGCUUGGUGUUAUGUUUUGAUUCAUUUUCUCUAUUCAUAUGUAAAAAUGUUGGCUGGGAUGACUUGGUGUCUAAUGUGUAGUGCUGCACAUCUAACUUUCUUGGUGCCAAACUUAGCACUUAAUGCUUGCUGCUGAUGCAAACACAUUAAAAGGUACCUUACAGGAAAUCCUUGCACCACAGGA